CUCAGCGCAACGGACGUCGCUGUUGCGCCAGGGCGGCUCCAAGUCAGCGGAGCCAUGUUCCUCCUGCUGGUCCUGUUCACUGGCCUAGGCGGGCUGCACGGGGGCCGCAAUCCUCAUAAAACCUUUCUGCAGACCACAGUUCCUGAAAAGAUUUCAACAUCCGAGGCAAUAGAACAUCCAGAAACUAAUGUUGCUUAUAUCAUUACAAUAGAAGGAAAACCAUAUUUUAUCCAUCUCAAAAAGCAAUCAUUUUUAUCUUCAGCUUCUGUUGUUUAUUCUUAUGACAAAGAUGACACCCAACAUUUUCAGCCUUUGUUAGCUCAGAUGGAUUGCAAUUAUCAUGGAUAUGUUGCAGGUUUUCCAAAUUCUCUUGUAUCACUCAACAUUUGUUCAGGACUCAGGGGAAUAUUGCAGUUUAAAAACAUCUCAUAUGGAAUUGAACCAAUGGAAGCUGUAUCAGGAUUCAUGCACAUGAUUCAUGAAGAAAAAAAUGAUAUAACUAAUAUUCCUCUGUUAUGGGAAAAUGACACUUACAUCUAUGAUAGCUCACAGUAUCAAGUCAGAAAAAGUUCAGAAACACCUGGCUAUUUCAAGUUAUUUCCCCAAUAUCUUGAUAUGUAUAUUGUUGUGGAUAAAAAUCUGUUUGAUUACAUGGGCUCUGAUGUAAAAAUUGUAACACAGAAGGUUAUUCAGAUCAUUGGCUUUGUUAACACUAUGCUUACCCAGUUAAAACUGACUGUUAGAAUAUCUUCCAUAGAGAUUUGGUCAAACAAAAACAAAAUUUCUACUACAAGACAUCCUAAUCAUAUAUUAUAUAAAUUUUUAGAAUGGAAAACCGAAUUUCUCUCCCAACCUCAUCAUACUGCAUACUUAUUUGCCUUCCAGAAAAGUCCUACUUUUAUAGGAGCCACACAUCCUGCAAAAAUAUGUGAUAAGAAUUUUGCUGGAGGAGUUGCUUUGUAUUCAGAGGGUUUAUCCUUGGAGUCAUAUGCUCUCAGUAUUGUGCAGUUGCUUGGCCUUAACAUGGGAAUGAGUUAUGAUAAUACUGAGAUCUGCCAUUGUUCAGGAGAUGUUUGCGCAAUGUCACCAAAAGCUGUGCUAUCUGAGGGUAUAAAGGAUUUUAGCACUUGUAGCUUGGAUGACUUUAAAUAUUUUGCUGCACAUUCUGGCCUUGAAUGUCUUCAUAAAAUCCUUCCUGUUGAGCCAGUUUACAAACAGAGGCAGACGUGUGGCAAUGGAAAGUUGGAAUCGGGUGAAGAAUGUGAUUGCGGCACUUUACAGAAUUGUACACAUCCAGCCUGCUGUGAUCCUAGAACAUGUAGAAAGAAAAAAAAUAAAAUAUGUGGUUCGGGGGAAUGCUGCACACGAAAUUGCAAGAUAAAACCAGUUAAUACACCUUGUAGGCGACCAGUUGAUGAAUGUGAUUUUCGAGAAUUCUGUGAUGGGACUAAUGCACACUGUGUGCCUGACACUUAUGCACGUGAUGGACAGAGUUGUGAUUCGGGCAACUCCUUCUGUUAUAAAGGACGAUGUCGGUCGUUUACCAGACAGUGCAGAAAAUUAAUUGGAGGAGCAUCUAGAGGUGCUUCGUUUGCUUGUUUUGAGGAAAUAAAUUCAAGAGGAGAUAAAUUUGGAAACUGUGGCCGAGAUUUUUGUUAUUACCCCCAUGUGUUAUGUGGAAAAUUAGUUUGUACCUGGCCUCACAGAGCUUUAGUAAGACGCCGAAAUUUAUCUGUGAUUUAUACACAUGUACGAGAUGACCUGUGUACAUCAACAUUUCUAACCACAGAGAGGACACCUAAAAAUACACCGACCACAGUUGAAAACGCUGAAGACAGAGAUCAAACAUUUGUAGAAGAUGGCACUGUGUGUGGUCCUGAAAUGUAUUGUCUGAGAUUUCAAUGUGUAGAGCUUAAAUACCAUGUCAAUUUUCAGAGUUGCAGUUCUACCAGAGAUUGUAAUUCAAAUGGAGUCUGCAACAAUUUUAACCAUUGCCAUUGUAGAAUGGGGUUUGCUCCUCCUCGUUGCAAGCCGAUGGCAAAAGAUUUUGGAAGUAUUGAUGAUGGACACAGGAGGAAAGUUGGUAAAAAGUUAUUGCUGCAGAGAUCUCUCAGUCAUCCAAAACACAGAUUUCAACUGAUUUUCUACACUUCUCUACCUGUGUUCAUCAUUAUUAUUGCUAUUAUAAUAAACCAGAGUAAAAUAAGGGAGCUAUGCUACAGAGGAGAACCUGAAAGUGAGAGGUCUGUGUCGGAAGAAAGCAGCAGUAACAGCAAGUUGUCACUCAGUGUAAGUUCCAACUUCCAACCUAUCUACUCUAACUUGAAUCCAGAAAAGGCUCUGAAUCAGGUCUUAGUCCCAGAGGGAAGAAUGCUUUCGCCAGGAAACACAACAGUGAUAUCUUUAAUUGGAAUUAAGACUGCUGCAUGGCUACUUCGGUUCCUCAUACCUCUGAAUCAAUAGGAAAACAAGGGAGGUAAGGUAUUGGCUGUGGUUAGUGAUCUUGACUACCAAAGGGAACUGGACUACUCAACAACAGAGGUAAGGAAGAGUAUGUAUGAAAUACAGGCAAUCCUGUGGAAUGUCUCCUCAUAUUACCAUGCUCUGUAAUUAAGGUCAAUGAAGAACUACAACUCCAUCCAGAAAGGAUUACUAAUGGUGCAGACCUUUCAGAAAUGAAGGUUUGGGUCAGCAAAGCAGCUCAGGUGCUUGAUGAAGUCAAAGGGAAUGCAGAGUGGAGAAUAGAAGAAGGCCUUCAGACUCACACUGAAUGACGCUACCAGUCGUUUCCCGGCUCUCCAGCUUGCAGAUGGCAGAUCUUGGGACUUCUUUGCCUCCAGAACCAUAUUUAAUUUGGUGAGAAUUGACAUCUUGGCAAUAAUAAACUUUCCAAUAGUGCUGAUACUUACACCUUGAUUGUGGCAUUUUUCUGGAGUACAGUCGUAAUUCAAGAAUGAAGAAUCUACACAUUUCUUGUUUUUGCAAACCUAAAAAGGAGAUAUCCCAAAUACGCGGGCCUCUCACUGCUGUGGCCUCUCCCAUUGCGGAGCAC